AAGCAUUCUUUCGCCGGUGUAAGUUCCAAAGCACUGAGAAUGAAACUCCUUCUAAUUUUCCUUGUUCUUGGAGUCGCUCAUUGCACGAUUCAACAAGAGAACCAGAAAGGUACGGCCACGGUACCUGCUUGGGCCAGGGAAGACGUAUUUGGUAUAUAUCAAGACGCCUGGCAGAGUAUCAAACAAGAUAUGGGUGCAAUUUACUAUCUCGUGAAGGCUACAUAUAAUCAAGAUGACGUGUGGGGCACUGAUUUCACAUGUGUGACUGUAACGGCAACAGAAGUCUCUGAAGAACAGAAGACGAUUGAAGCUACGAUAACGUUCAAGAAUAACGCUUCCUCAACACCACAGACCUCUAAAGAAACAGUCACCGCCGUUAAGAUGUACGAUUACAAAAAUAAGGAAAACGCCAUAGAAUACAAGACACAUGAUGAUCAACCUAAGACUUUCCGAGAUUCCCUCGUUUUCACUGAAGAACAGUCUUGCGACAUCUUCCAUGUUCCAUAUGCCAAGAACACAAAUGGAAGACAAAAUGGAGAUUACGAACUGUGGGUGCACGAAAGCAAAGUGAGCAGCAUACCUCCCUGCUGUCUGUUCCUGUUUGAAUACUUGGCAGAGAACCGGGAAAGGUACACUGUAUAUAAUGAUGAUUGCAAGGCGACCACAGCGGACGUCCAGCAGCCAGGAACGCAAGCCUGAUGCUUGCUGCGAAAACGACCAGUGCUCGGUUUAUUUCGAGAAUGUAGUUUCUAGUUCUGCAGGUUUGUCAUGGUGGUUUUUUAAACAACCAUCACAAAUUCUGUCCGAACAUUGUAGUAAUUAUUGCAAAAUUUCAAAUAAAAAUAUUUGCUUA